AUGACAAUUCUGAGAGUUAAGUCACCUGAGAUCCGGAGCGAUCUCAAACCACAACACUGUCUCUCACACACCACACACACUACACAUUCUCAAUCACGACACUCUUCUCCAAAAUCCAUAGAGUCAUUUAGGCUGAAUGGAAAGCAAUCCGAUCCCGAUUCCCACCUCUACCCCGAUUCGGACGUGAUCACCGGAUCUCCGGAAGAAAUAUAUGAAAUUUGCGCGACAAUUUUAAGGGAGCCAGGUGGUUUAAUUGCAAUACCUACGGAAACAGUCUAUGGUCUCGCGGGUAAUAUUCACUUGGACGAGUCGAUUUUACGCAUUUUUAAGAUUAAGGAACGUCCACUUGACGAUCCCUUAAUCGUACACGUACACUCGUUCCUCUAUGCAUUAAGGAAUUUGUACAACACUAACAUUGUCGAAUCUUUCAUAGUAUUGUAUUUGGCACGGAAAUUUGCUCCGGGGCCUUUGACUAUAGUUGCCAGACGUAGUCAGGCGGUCUCCGCGCUGUUAACCAACGGCUCAGACUUCAUAGCCGUAAGAUGUCCAAAUAAUCAAAUUACCCUCAAAUUGCUGGAAUUCAGUGAAAUCCCGUUGGCCGCACCCAGUGCGAAUAAGUUUGGGCACAUAUCCCCGACAUGCCCGGAACACGUGAAAAACGAGUUUCCCAACGAGAAUUUACACAUCCUAGACGACGGGAAUUGUUCCAUAGGCAUCGAGUCCACUAUUAUCAAAGUCUACUCCGAUGAUAAUCAUUACUAUUAUCAUCCGGGGCACACAGAACUGAGUAAUGUUAACUUGUGUAGUGUUAACCCCGGGACUAAUAGUGUUGUGGACGUGUUUGAGAUGAUGUUGGGGUUGAUAGAGUGUGGGUAUGUGGAUGAUCAGUUAGGUCCUGGGUACCGUGUGAGUCCGUAUGAGAAUUACUUUGGGAAUUUUACCAACUGCACGGCCAAAAUUGAGUUACUGCGUAAAGGCUCAAUUACUCUACGGGAUCUCACCGUGGCACUCGCUAAGUUUCCUAAUAUACAAAUUUUGGACAGUACUACGGUGCAAAAUGUGGAAAUUGUUCCCGACAGUUCCAGCUCAGGCAGUAGUCCCAGGAUCACCCCCAGUCCCAUUCUAACCCAUAGCACUAGUGCUAUACUAAUUAAUACCAAGUCAUGUAUGGAAAAAGUGUUGAAUAUGCCAGGUCAGCUGAUGAGGCAUUACGCCCCUGUGGUUCCUACGUAUUUGAUUGAGAUAAUUGAGACGCCGGUGAGUGACCGUGCGGAGCACCUCAAGGGCACGAGUAAAAACAGUACAGUCACGGGCGAUUUAACGUAUAAUUUAAACUUUGACUAUGAGGAAGUUAAUUGUUCAAAUAUUAUCCUCAUUGACAUUGGGAAUUACUUUAGGAAGUACUCGCACCUGUUCUGUCUGUACCUCCCACUGGGCACCGAGCACGCCGUAGUCGCCAAUAAACUAUACUCAGCUCUACACAGAGCUGAGUCCAAAGGUCUACAGUGUACAAGUGCUCAUUCUGGUGUUGGUGUACAGUCUGGUGUUAGUCCUCAGUCUACAAGUGUAAACCCAGGAGUGAGUGUGUAUUCGGGAGUGAGAUCGCGGGUUAGGAGGAUAAUAGCGAUUAACUUUGGGGUGGAGCGUGAGGAGUUAUUUUCGGCGGUUUACGACCGCGUUUUAAAGGCGAGUGCCGGGAAAGUCAUUCACCUCCACCACGUCAAAAACGCCAUUAAAUUCCUACUCUACUAAUGUAUUAUACUUUACGCAUUUUAAACAUAUUUUAGGCAUAUUUUAAACAUAUUUUAGGCAUAUUUAAGUGUUA